AUGGUAAAUACUGAUUUUGAAAGAAUUUUCUUUAACCAGUCGAGGGGUUCUGGUCGUAUGCGUGUAGCCGAUUCUGGAUUGGGAUGGAAGGCAAGUGCCAGCGCAACAAAUGGAUCGGCGGGAGCUCCUGAGCAACAAACAUUUUUGUUGCCUCGUGAAGAGAUAUUGGUGACCACCUGGUCCCGAGGCUCAAAGGGAUAUGAAUUGAGGAUUCAGACAAAAAACAAGGGAGUUGUUUCAUUGGAUGGUUUCCAUCCAGAUGAUUUUGCACAAUUGAAACAAGAGUUGACUCGAAACUUUCAUGUCAACUUGGAACAUAAAGAACAUUCAUUGAGGGGAUGGAACUGGGGAACUACCGAUUUGGCUAGAAAUGAGUUGGUCUUCAAUGUCAAUAACAAACCUUCGUUUGAGAUUCCGUAUGAUUCCAUUUCAAACUCCAAUUUGACAGGAAAGAAUGAAGUGGCAAUUGAGCUCAAUCUUGACAAAAACAAUACAAAAAUGGGAGAUGAAGUGGUUGAAAUGAGAUUUUAUGUACCAGGAACUACAAUUGAGCAAGAAACUACCACAGUAAAGAAUGAGGAUGGGGAAGAGGAACAAGUUGUUUCGACAAACAUGGACAGUGAACAAAGUGCAGCACAAACUUUUUAUGAACAAUUGAAAGAUAAAGCUGAUAUUGGACAAAUUGCUGGUGAAGCUAUCGUUUCUUUUGGCGACGCAUUAUUCCUUACUCCAAGAGGUCGUUAUGAUAUUGACAUGUAUGCCAGCUCUUUGCGAUUGAGGGGUAAGACCUAUGACUACAAGAUUCAAUACGAUCAAAUUGAACGUAUUUUCUCGUUGCCCAAACCAGAUGAAGUACAUCACUUAAUCAUCUUACAAAUUGAUCCACCAUUGAGACAGGGUCAAACUAGAUAUCCUUUUCUAGUUUUGCAAUUUGUCAAGGAUGAAGAGACCGAAUUGGAAUUGAAUUUAAGCGAUGAAGAAUUUGAGGAAAAGUACAAAAAUAGAUUAAAGAAGACAUAUGAUGCACCAACACAUAUCGUUAUGGCGCAUUGUCUUCGCGGGUUGACGGAGAAGAAAUUGGUAAUUCCAGGUGCGUUCCAAUCUCGAUUCUUACAACCUGGUAUUUCUUGUUCAGUCAAGGCUUCUGAAGGUUAUUUGUAUCCUUUGGAGAGAUGUUUCUUGUUUGUUACGAAACCCACUCUUUACAUUCCCUACAGCGAGAUAAGUAAUGUGGUUUUGUCAAGGACUGGAGGUGGGGUUUCUGCAUCAAGAACGUUUGACUUGGAGGUGAAUCUCAUUGGAUCUAGCGUGAAACACGUUUUUGGUAGUAUAGAUAGAGAGGAGCAAGAAAAUAUUGAAAAGUUCUGUGUUGAAAAGGGAGUCAGAGUAAAGAAUGAAGAGAAGAUUGCCAAACAAAGAUUAGCAAAAGCAUUAGAGCAAGAAGCUGAAAUGGACGCUGAUGAUAACGAUGUUGACAUGGGCAGCGCUGGUGAAGAUGAUGAAGAUGCCGAUGAUGAUUUCCAAUCUGGCUCCGAUUCGGAUGUUGCAGAGGAGUUCGACAGUGAUGCAGCUGAAUCCAGUGAAGACGAAGAUGAUGCGGAUGAAGACGAUAGACCACCAGCGAAGAAAUCAAAGAAUUAG